AGGGCGCUUCGCACUUCGUUUCAAAAGCAAAACAGGGAAAAUCAUAGUAGUUCAAGAAGUUAAAUAACAGAUGCGGGUGAAAGAUCCAACCAAGGUGUUACCUGAGAAAGCCAGAAGAAGUAAAAGGCCCACUGUACCUCAUGAUGAAGACUCUUCAGAUGAUAUUGCUGUAGGUUUAACUUGCCAACAUGUGAGCCAUGCUGUCAGUGUGAGUCAUGUGAAAAAGGCAACAGCUGAACAUCUGUGGUCAGUUUGUUCAGAAUGUUUAAAAGAACGGAGAUUCCAUGAUGGACAGCCAGUCCUUCCUUCUGAUGUUUGGUUGUGCCUCAAGUGUGGUUUUCAGGGUUGUGGUAAACACUCAGAAGGCCAGCAUUCCCUUAAGCACUUUAAGAGUUCCAGACCAGAGCUGCAUUGCAUUGUCAUCAGUCUGAGCACAUGGAUUAUAUGGUGUUACGAGUGUGAUGAAAAAUUAUCAACACAUUGCAAUAAGAAAGUUUUGGCUCAGAUAGUUGAUUUCCUCCAGAAACAUGUUUCUAAAACUCAAGCAAGUGCGGUUUCUAGACUCUUGAAAUUUUGUGAAGAAAAAUGUGAAGCAAAUGAAAUAAAGAAGGGAAGAAAAGGCAGCAGUGGAUCAUCUGUAAAAGGAAUUACCAAUUUAGGAAAUGCUUAUCUAAGUGUGAAAGGAAUUACCAAUUUAGGAAAUACUUGCUUUUUUAAUGCAGUCAUUCAGAACUUGGCACAGACUUAUAUUCUGACUGAACUUAUGAAUGAGAUGAAAGAAAAUGGUACGAAAUUCAAGAUUUUUCCUUCCUUAGACUCUCAGCUGGACCCGCUGGUGGUGGAACUUUCCAGCCCUGGACCGCUGACCUCAGCUUUGUUCCUGUUUCUUCACAGCAUGAGGGAGACUGAAAAAGGUCCACUUUCUCCAAAAGUCCUUUUCAGUCAGCUUUGUCAGAAGGCACCUCGGUUUAAAGAUUUCCAACAGCAGGACAGCCAAGAGCUUCUCCAUUACCUGCUGGAUGUUGUGAGGACAGAAGAAACAAAGAGAAUACAAGCCAGCAUUCUGAAGGCAUUUAACAACCCAACUACCAAAACUGCAGAUGAUGAAACGAGAAAAAAGGUCAAAGCGUAUGGAAAAGAAGGUGUGAAAAUGAACUUCAUCGAUCGGAUCUUUAUUGGUGAACUAACUAGCACAGUCAUGUGUGAAGAAUGUGCGCAUAUUUCUACCAUGAAAGAUCCUUUCAUUGAUAUUUCACUUCCUAUAAUAGAAGAAAGGGUUUCAAAACCUGUGCUUGUGGGAAGAAUGAGUAGAUACAGAAGUUCCCAGGACAGAGAUAAUGAUCGGUGCAGUGACCCGGUUACGUUGGAGAACACUCAGCAAUCCAGACCUACCAAGAAGCAAUCUGCUUGCAAAGAUAAGAAUCAACUAAUUCAUGACAGAAAACAUCUAAGACUGUCAUCUCAAGAAGAAAAAAUGGCUGUCAUAAACCAGAAGAACUCAAACUUGAACACCAAGGGGGUGUCUGCAGCGAAUAGUGAGUCGACGCUGGCCGAAAGCCCCACCGAGGGCAGUGAAAAAGAGGCCAGCCUUUCCGAGAGCAGUGUGGGGGCCGACAGCGAGGCCUCUGAGUCUGAAAGCGCUUCCAGUCCGGCGCGGCGGUGUGGAUCCAGCAGGAGACCCUGUGUGCACCAAGAGGUGCGCUGUCCUGGACCAUCAGCAAGCGAACUGCCACCGCCUAAGGAGCUGGACAGUGAUGAUGAGCGAAUUGCCAAGGCUGUUUCUGAACUUCGUCUGAGCAGCCCUGACAUUGGAGAUGGAGAUUUUGACAGAGCAAAGGAGCUGCUUAGUGUGCCACUCAGUGUACCAGAUAACUUGGGUUGUCAAGAGGAGAAGCACUUGCGGUCUCACAGCCUCCAUGAUGCUUUUCAGACCCUUUCUCAGAGCUACGUGACUACUUCUAAAGAGUGUUCAGUGCAGUCCUGUCUCUACCAGUUUACAUCCAUGGAGUUACUGAUGGGAAAUAAUAAGCUUCUAUGUGAGAACUGUACGGAAAGGAAGCAGUUGUACCCAAAGGAAAUCAGUUGUGCGGAACAGAAAACACAAGGGGUUUAUACGAAUGCCAGGAAGCAACUGCUCAUUUCCGCCGUUCCACCUAUCCUAAUUCUCCAUCUGAAAAGAUUCUACCAGGCUGGCUUGAGUCUUCGCAAAGUUAACAGACACGUGGAUUUUCCCCUUGUGCUUGAUUUAGCACCAUUCUGUUCUGCUACUUGUAAGAAUGUGAAUGCAGGUGAUAAAGUCCUCUAUGGUCUCUAUGGGAUAGUGGAACACAGUGGCUCCAUGAGAGGUGGUCACUACUCGGCUUAUGUGAAAGUAAGAACACCUUCCAGGAAGUUAUCAGAACACAUCACUGGAAAGAAGAGUGUGCCUGAUUUGCAAGAAUGUGACAGUGAAUCAGCAGGACAGUGGAUUCAUGUUAGUGACAUUCAUGUGCAAGUGGUUCCAGAAUCAAGAGCACUUAAUGCACAGGCGUAUCUUCUUUUUUAUGAAAGAAUAUUAUGAUUAUUCAUUAAUUACUAAUGGUAAUGACAUUUAGACCAUUUUAUUUGAAUGCUACGACUAUCACCCACAUAUGUAAUGUGCCUUUAUCCUUUAUAGUUCUCUUUCUUCUGUAGGAAUGGCAUGUCCUUCAAAUAUUUCUGAACUUUUUCACCAUUUUGGUAAACCCUUUAUAAGAAAGUUUAGUCUACUCAUUGCUUUCAGGUUUGUAUUUUGUUUUAUUACGAAUAUUUGGCUUACGAACUAGAAAACUCAGAAUUUAUGGAAGAGAAGACUUCUUUAUCAUGUGGCUUAUUAUUACAAGCAUUCAGAAAUGAUUCUUGCUAAAUCAAAUUAUCUGAAGACAGUUUUCUCAAUGUGAUACAUCUUCCUGAUAUCAUAUGUAUAUUUUGUGCCAUUGUUUACUCAUUAUUUUUUAAAUGCUUUCACCCUACAUUUUAGCCUUAGCCUUGUUUUGAGCAAUUAUAUUCUACAUUUAAUGUUUAAUUUCCACAAUUAAACAUUAAAAUAUGUAACUAUUGUUCAUCCAGUUGCCACUCCAUUUAAAAUCAUCUCAGGGCUAUCCAGUGGUAUGUGUAUAUAUACUCCUGUUAAAGAAACAUUUCUGUGACAUUAUACAAAAUAAUGACUAAUAUAGUAGAUAGUUAUUUUGUCAUAUUUUGUAUGAUUCAGCCAUAUAAAAAGGCAUCAUUUGUAAUUUCAUUAUAGGGAUUUACCAAUAACACAUUGAUUGGAUUAUUGCUUUGAGAAAUAGAAAACUGGUAUAGACAUUUCAUAAACAUAUUUGUAGUCAACUCAUGAUGGAGUUAGGAAUAAUUUAAAAGUGGUUGCCCAGAGUCAAAAUAUAAUUAUCGCUAGCUAUAGCAUGCAGAAUUGGUAAAUAAAAAUUCAUAAUCCAUAUGGAAUUGUAGGAUACUUUGAAAUACAAAUUAAUAAAUUAUAUUUGUGAUAGAGAACUAUUCUUUGACUUCACAGGGAAAGAUAGUAUACUUUCUACCUCUAUUUCAGUAAAUGUUAAAAAUUGUUUUGGAAUUUUGAGGUAGCAUUCUUUGUCUUCAACAAGCAUCAUUAAUAAGUGCAGGUGGAUUUAGCUUUUAUUUUCAUAGGACAUAAAGUUAGCCUUUUGGCUUUUCUUUUUAAAUAGAUAAUAAUGCUGAAAAUAUGGGAGUUUUUAAUCUUUAGACAACAGAUUAUUAAGCUAUCAAAACUUGGCAUGGAAAAUGUUAUUAAGCCUAAAAUUUCACAAACCAAAGGCUCCUUCAGUGUCAUAUGUUUGAAUCAAAGCAUUAGCUGUGUGAUUUAGUCAUUCCAAUCAUUCUUUUCCAAAGAGUGAUGUGACAGUCCAGUCCAUUCUCUGGGAAGAAAUGAUAAGAACAGUGGGUGUACAUGUUUGGAUAUAUUUUACCAAAAAUGGGCCCUUUUUACAAUACAAGUGUAUAUGACAUAAUCAGGGUUACCAGUGCUGCCUUUUGAUAUGUGGAUGCAUGGAAAUGUGAUUGAACAUGGUGAUAUUAUAUGAAUCCUAUUUUUAAGAUAAGAUGUUUUAUUUUUAAACUGAAGAUAAUGUAGAAAUGUAUCUUCAAAGUCAGUUUGUGUCCUGUGUAAAUACCUUAUACUACUUUCUGUUUAAUCAUAGCCCGUCAACAUUGAAGAUCACAGUACAAAACCAGUGAAGUUUUUACAAAGUAUUAAUAAUGUUUCUUCAUUUAGUUCAGCUAGUUUGGUAAUAGCAAUUGCAGUCCUCUCCAAAAAGUAUAUGUAAGUCACCCCAUUUUUCUUCUAGAAGAUACUAAAAAGCAAUACAUUUCAUUGGUCAUCUGCUUCUUUUCAUACCUGCUGUGGGCCAGGCACUGUCUCACUCUUAAUAGCCUGUAAAAUGGAAUGUUCUAUAUAGAUUUGAGACAUUAUUCCACAAAUUAUAUGCAAGUGAGAUACACUUAUUUUCAUUUCCUUACUAUAAUACAUAGCUGAUUUUGAAACUAUUUAUGACCCAUACUUAGAAAUUCUUUUCCCCAUGUUCUGAAAAUGGGUGAAAUUUGGUUUUGAUGCCUAAGAAUUUCUUAAACAUGCAUUUUGUAAUAGAGAAAUUAUGCUGAAUUACACAUUGAUCUCCAUAGUUUUUUUUUUUUAAUAUUCCCAAAGGGUAUUUGCAGGGAUAUUAAAUUCUGAGACUACUAUCGUAGCAAUAGUUUUCUGGAAACUAAUUGUAUCAUCCCAGGAAACAGUGUGAAUGAAUGAGAAUGUUUAUAGGUAAUCAACUACCACGAUGUUCGAAGGGAUUUAAGAAGCAUAGCAAAGAAGUUUACUAGCUUUACUUAGAAACUGGUUUACAGGGUAUGUCCCCAAUUUUUCCAUAUUUUAAAAUGAUAAAAUUUUGAUUAUGUGCCAAUUAUGUGAAUGCUUUUGACAUUACCAAAUGUAUGUCUAUACCUAGGAUUUUUAUUUGAUACCUUUAGGAAUUAUGUGAAGACUACCUUUUUAAGUUACCAAGGAAACUGAUAGCUGGUAUCAAUUCAAAGAGUAGUUGAUACCUUUUUUAUUUUAAAUGUCCCAUCAGACCUAUUUUACUAUGUUUAAUAGCUGUUGACUUGCAUGUAUUUUAAAUGUGAUUUUAUACAGUAAUUGACUAAAAUUUCCCUGAACAUUAAGCUGUGAACUAUAUCAACUCUCAUAUAAUUUUUGUAGAACAAAAUAACACCUUAGCUAUUUUUCUUAAAUUCAUAUUGGCAAUUUAUUUUUCAGGACGUUAUGUGAUCAAGUUAAACCAAAACCAGAAAUGUAAUGUGCAAUAAAGUUGAGUGAUAGUAUCUAGUACAUUACCAGCAGAGCCUAUUUCUAGAUAAUUAAAAUGUUUUUGUUCAUGUAGAAAUUCUUAAUUUAAAUUUGUUUAAAAGAUGACUGUUUUCAAUUUUGAGCAAUAAAUUCAUAAUGUCAUUCCUACUGUUUUAUCUUGUUUGCAGUGUUUUUAGAAAUUGGCUAUGUAACUUAUUGAGUAUUAUUUUGGUGUAACUGUAUAAAUACAUAUAAUAAAUAUUCUUAUUUAUCUGUA